UUUGUCUCAGCUUGUUGAAAAUGGCGGGUGUAAGUGGCUGCAUGAAGUACUCCAUGUUCAUCUUCAACUUCUUAUUUUGGGUGUGUGGUUCUGUUAUUUUGGGAGUCUCUAUAUGGAUACGUGUUAGCAAAAAUGCUCAGCAGGAGCUAGAGAUAGACAGCAGCCUGUUUGCAGGGGUUGAUCUGCUGAUAGCUGUGGGCUCCAUUAUUAUGGUCCUUGGGUUUCUGGGAUGCUGUGGUGCCAUAAAGGAGAGCCGGUGCAUGCUGCUUUUGUUUUUUAUUGGACUGCUUCUGAUCCUGAUCCUUCAGGUCACAGGAGGUAUUUUAGGAGCAGUGUACAGAUCUCAGAUUGAAACAUCCCUUAACAAGACUCUCCUGGAGAGUGUGAAAUCACUGCAAAGCUCUACAGAAGAAUCUAAAGUGUUUCAAGAGAAGUUCCAGAAGUUUGAGAGAAUGAACCAGUGCUGCGGUUUGCUGAAUGGCCCUGCAGACUGGGGAAAAAAUUUUAAUACUCCUCUUGAUAACAAUAAAAUCUGUGAGUGUGAAGUAAAGAACCCAUCAGCAGACCUCUGCACCUUCUUCCAAGGCAGACUCGUUUAUAAAACGCCUUGUGGAGUUGUGAUUAUCGAAUAUCUUAAAGACCAUCUGCUCAUAAUUAUGGGGAUCGCCUUUGGACUGGCUAUUAUUGAGAUUCUUGGUUUGGGGUUUUCUAUGAGCCUCUACUGCCAGAUCCAGAGAAAAUGAAACUGUGGAAGUGUCAGAACGAUGUCACCAGCCAAAUCAAAACCUUUGUAGAUAGAAGGAUAUUUGGCUUGGCACAUUCAGAUAAAUAUAUGCAUGUCCCAGGCAGCUGUUCUGAUGAAAACAGCAGCCCUUGUGCACACGGAUGCUUCACAAUUUGAAAAAUGACCUCCUUAUACUUUGUAAGAUUUAAUGAU